GCAUUGUCUCGGCCCAAUCAGAAGCCCCAUUUCCCACUUCACAAAUAACUUCCCGCAAACACUUUCAAUCACCCUCUCGCUCUCCAAAAUCAUCUCCAUUUGAGAUCCUCAAUUUCAGCACCGGCGCCACCAUGCAGUCCAAUACACUUCCCGGUAUAUCGCCUAGCUUCACCGCUCAUUCUUCUACCAACCUUGCGGAUGUUGCCGCUAGGGUUGUCGAAGAAUUUCGCCAUGAAAAUGGCGACGAUUAUGAUGAUAUCUUCAACUUUAACGGUUAUGAUCAUGAUUAUGAUGACGGUCGGUUCGCUGUUCCCGCUGACGACAAAGCUGACACCGAUACUCCUUCAGAAAAAUUGAAGGAUGAGAAUUCUGAUACUGAUGAUGAUGAUGAUGAGUUCGAGUUUGCUGUCGUUUCUAGCCACGUUAAUUCAUCUUCGAUUUCAGCUGAUGAGAUCUCCCAGGGUCAUAUAUCGCCUCGGUACCCCCUAUUUGAUAGGAGUUUGUUGUUAGAUGUCGAUCCUAAUUUAAUUAAGGUUGUUAAUGGUUCGCCGGAGACUGAUUGUAAGCCGUCUCUGGUGGUACGGCUGCCACUGAGAAAGCUUUUCAGUGAAGAGCGCGAUUUCUCGUCGUGGUCGUCCUCGGAGGCUGACGAUCUCGACGGAGUUAACCCUGGGACCUAUUGCGUGUGGAAGCCGAAGACAGAGUCGCCUGGAAGGUGUAAGAAGAGUAAUUCCACCGGUAAUUCGUCACGGCGAUGGAAGUUCCGUGACAUUCUCUACCGGAGCAACAGCGACAGCAAGGAAUCGCCGUUUCUCCUUUUCAAACCUCUAAUUUCAACGAACAAGAAGAUAAACAAUGAAAAGGUUGAGAAAAGUGCCAAGGUAGCUUCUGCUGUCGGUGGAACAGCAGAAAAUGGAGGAAGCCGGCGUCGGUCGUACCUACCAUCUGGACAAGCUCUGGUUGGUGCAUUUACUAACGUAAGCCGAUCCAACAGAAAUCUACGUCCCUUCUAAUUUAGCCUGAGAAUUAGUCGUAGGGUUUGCAUUUAUGAAAUCAAUACAUGACCAUGAGUGAGAGUGAGAGUGAUCUGUACAUACAAAAUUAGUCAAUCAAUUAUGUGAUUCUGUUA